AUGAAGUUGAUAUUUCUAUUCUUUGCUCUAUUAUCGGCUAGCUUUGCUGCUAAAGUUGCUGUUUUUUAUCUGGAACUUUCAAAUAGUCAGAUUCUGUGGAAUGCAAGAGUUGCGGAGACUUUGAUUGAGGGGGGACACGAUGUCACAUUGAUCACAAUUCAGCCAAUGAGUGGAUUGAAGAGGAAUGUCCAGAUCGAUCCAAGGAUUAAGGAGUUCAUUGUCGAAGCAAAAGGAAACAUCACCGUCGAUGAAAUGGAAAGAGUUCAAUCAGAAUUGAUCUUCAAUGAAAUCCCUGUUUGGGAUAAAAGAAGUUUUGGAAUGUUGAGCAUGUUGAGUCAAAUCAUGGGAGAAUCUUGUGAAAAGACCAUUCUUAACAAAGAGUUGUUCAAAUUCCUGGAAAAGGAAAAAUUUGAUGUUGUUUUUCGCAUAUGUACGAUUAUUGCACAAUUGGAGUCAUUCAUAUGGCUGGGAUCAAAUCCUGGAUCUGGCUUCAAGCUGGUGGGUUGUUGGAAUUCGUGGGAGAAGCUGUCGGAGUGCCGUACUUCCCGAGUUUCAUUCCACCUCGAGGAAUGGACGCUGGCGCAAGAA